AUGAAACACUUGAUUACAGAAAGUAAUAAUCGGUUUUGCUCGGUGUUUUGGUUUCCGUAUCCUUGUUGAAGGUGUCGACCAGUUCGCAAUACGGCCGGGGUACAAAUUCCGGUCGAUAGUGAGCUGCGUGGUGUGUUGUCGUUCGCGCAAAUCGGAGCUACAUUUUCGGAUGGUUCGACGAUGGAUGGCUGGAUGACGUGUUGAAGUGCCGAAGUGAUUAGUGAUUGAUUGUUUCACCAAGUACAAAUACGGUACGACAUUUUUACUGCCACCUUCGGCAGCCCUAACAUCUUGGUAAAGGGGAAGCGAAAUUUGAAGUCCAACAAUCCCUUGUUUGAACUUCCCUUGGUUCCAGGAGCUCAUAGAAGCGCGAAAUCGCAGUAAGCGAACGUGGUAUUCGUUGUGAAUACGCUCACCACACGGUUGCCUUCAUCUUCAUCAGGCUGGAACGAGGACUGGUUUUGAAUUUUCGUGUUUGCUUUCUUUCAUGGAACCAUUGGCUUGGUGGUGUUAAAUAUUAGUGUCAAAGCUCUUUGCUACACUGUUUUACCAGUGUGUAUACAUCUCCCUGUGAUACCAGUUGUAGUGGACCGCUGUGCUACAAUGACGAACACGAAACCCACGGCCACCUGUCGCCUGAAGCAGGAUUACAUGCGCUUAAAGAGAGAUCCAGUACCAUAUAUCACAGCGGAACCAUUGCCCUCGAACAUCCUCGAGUGGCACUAUGUGAUCAAGGGACCGGAAGAUUCACCAUACUACGGUGGAUACUAUCACGGAACCCUGCUAUUUACGAAAGAGUUCCCCUUUAAGCCUCCAUCAAUCUAUAUGACCACGCCGAACGGUCGCUUCAAGACGAACAAGCGGCUUUGUCUCAGCAUAUCGGACUUUCAUCCCGACACGUGGAACCCGGCCUGGUCCGUGGCCACCAUUUUAACCGGACUGUUGAGCUUCAUGCUCGAGACGACGCCGACGAUGGGGUCGUGCGAAACGACCACGUACGAAAAACGGCGCUACGCGCAACAGUCGCUAACAUUCAACAUGAAGGACGAAGUUUUCCAGGAGCUGUUUCCGGAGGUUUGCGAAGAGAUAACCGAACGAUUGCAGCAGCUUGAGGAACAGCGAAAGCUAGCGGCUAGUUCUGUCGAAAGUGGUGCCAACGGUAUGGCAAACGGUGAAACAAGUGCCAAUGGUGAAACGCCCGAUGGUGGCCUUUUUGUGGCUGGACGCUCCGGUGCGGAGGAUAGCAAUAUUUGGCACUCGCUCUACACCAACCUCAUCGUGCUGGUCGGCUUCGUAGUAUUUGCGUUUAUUGUGCAUUACGUAAUCAAGAGCAUAAACAUUUAAUAAACGACCUGCCGGUGGAUAGGUGGUGGGACAAGCACGAAGCGCAAUCCGCUAGAAGAUCCGUAGCAUAAGAGAAUAAUUUUCCUCCUGUACGCCCUCCUUUUGCUUUAGUUCUGCCAAAAGAAUUGUUUGGUUAUGAGACAAAAAAGGAAAUUUGUUUAACCAUUUUUUCGAUCGUCCUCUUCAAAAUUCAAACAUCUUGCAAUACCAAAACUGGACGGCUGAUUAUAGAUGAGUGGAAAUAGUACACCAAAAACAAACGGACCGAGCCCGCACGAAACGAGCUGGUUCCGCUCGAACUCGGUGGCUCGUAGCAUAACCAAUGCACACGUGGCACGACAUCUGCAGAUGCUGAAGCGACAAAGUUACAAUGUUAAGCAAUCGGAAACGGAAACAAAAUAUGUAAUAUAAUAACCUAAUUUUAAUUGAAAGGCCCGAGGAAAAGCCGCUGAACGGGAACGUACGCGAAUGUUUCACAGCAAAAGAUCGGAAAGAGGAGUGCCGCCAUUAGCUUUCCGCUGCAUGGAAUUCACUUAUGUUGCAGCGAUCACGUUGCAUAGCAACGAAUCAGAAAUAGAUUAGCGGGCGUUGGCACGCAGUUUGUAGGUGUUUGUGUGUACCGUUCGUACGGUACGGCUUUAAGGAAUAAUAAAACGAACGGUUGAGUACAUAAGUACGUAUUUAAAGCGAUGAAAGGAUUUGGGCCAUGGACGAUUUACACUUAGUUCAACAGUAUUUGAGGGAAAAUAA